UGACACGUUUGGUUUCGGAAUUGAAAAAGUACAUAUGUCUAAGAUCCAUAACAAGUUGUAUAAAUAAUUAAAUACAAUUUUAAUAAGAUAUAAAAGACUUAAAAAAAAAACAAAAAGGACAAACGGACCAAAAUGUGCCACACCUCCAACUUCCAUGAUCUAAAUCUUUUUUCCCUACUAUAUAAAUGUGAGCCUAUUCUAUAACAAAAUCAUUUGCCAACAAAAGUCUCAACUUAACAUACACAUCUUCUUCUUCUUUUUUUUUUUUUCUUUUUUUUUGCAUUCCCCCAAACACUUCAAUGGAGAACUCCGUAAACAACUGCGUGAGACAGAAAGUAUUCUCCAAUCACCAAAUCAAAACGAUACACGAAGAAGAAGAUCAAGAAGAGAGUAGUUGGAUAGUCUACUUUGAAGAUAUUGAUCAUGAUGAUGAAAUGGUAGAAACUGAAGGAGAAAUGACUCAUUAUUACGAUAAUGAUUCAUCGAUGAUCUCAGACGCUGCAUCUCCUGUCCACACCACAAAGAUUAAUAAUGUUGUUCGUCGAAAGGCUAAUAACAUUAAUACAAACCCUAAAAAGAGACGAAUCAUUCAUCAGCACAAAGAAGAAGAAGAAGACCUACAAAAAGGAGAGGAAGAAGAAGAAGAUGAGGAAGAUACAGCUUCUUCUCCUUCUAAUAAAACCAAGGGUUUUAGUGUCUUAGAUGGUGCUAAUGAUAAUACAAGAUAUGGAAAAUCCAUGUACAAUGUUACAUCCGAGGAAAUUGGAUGCAUAACAGAAACAGGAUCAAAGAUAAAAGAAAUUAUGAAUGAAGAAUUCUCUGCAGAAUUGAAAAAGAGAGGACUUUGUGUAGUUCCUUUAUCCAUGUUAUCUAACCUUAUUGCUUGAUGAUUCUUUUAUUUUAUUUUUAAGUUUUAACUGUUAUUAUUAUUUUUUAUUCUUCUGAUUCUUUGAUGUAAAAUUGUUACUAUUAUUGAUUGACAUGUAAAAUGUAUAGAAAAUUGAAUUCUUAUUGAAAGUUAAAC